AUGACAUCCUUCUUAUUGUCGCAAUCUCUGCAGUCAUUCUAUGUUGAGGUCGAUUCCAUGGUUCGGCAAUGUUUUCAAACUAUGUGCAAGGAAUGGAUGGUGGAAUGUCAUUGGUACUGCGAUUCCGUGAGAGAUCAGGAAACUGUGCUAUUCCAGAAAACUCUUCACCGAUGCCAAGAAUGUCUUAGCUAUCGUGGACAACAAUGUAUGGAUUGCUUUGAUCUGUAA